AUGCUAAUUCCUGAAGAUCCAAACGCAUCAACAAUUUUCAAAUCUCAAGGAUUUUUAAAUGACCGAUCUUUAUUGAUGAAUAAGAAAAUUGAACCCAAUAAAUUAAAAUCACUUCGACCAUUUAUUAUUGAUACACUGAAAUCAAAUUAUGAAUGGAUUGAAUUACAAUUAUCAGAUGAUCGACAAUGGUUUUUAGAUACAAAUACACCAAGUAUUGGUGAUAUUCAUGUUGCAAUGAAUAUUUGGUUUUUAAAUUUUACUAAAAAUGCAAAAGAAUUUAAAAAUAUUUCUGAAUUGUAUCCUAAAACUCAUCAAUGGUUUAAUAGAUUUAUCAAAUUUAUUAAAGAAAAUCAACAACAUAAACCUUUAAAAAUUUCUGGUGAGGAAGCACUGGAAAUUGCUAAAAAUUUUAAACCAUCAUCAUAUUAUUAUAAUAAUGGUAAUAAGAAAUUAGGCAAUAAAAAAAUUGGUGAUAGAGUUAUUAUUUCACCUGAUGAUUAUGGUAAAGUAUCUGUUAAGGGUACCAUUUUGAAUAUUAGCGAUAGAAAUAUUGCUAUAAGACCAAUUGAUGUUGAUAAAACUGGCAUUGAUGUAGUUAUUUGGGAACAAUAUACAGAUGAAAAUGAACAGGCCAUUCAAAGAGAAAGAGCCAAAUAA